CAUUUCCCCCACACAGACACAAAGUCGUCCUUUCAGUCGGCUGGAAGUCCUCUCUUCCUCUACCGCCAUUAUGGGUCGCAUGCAUGCUCCAGGAAAGGGCUUGUCCCAGUCGGCGUUGCCGUACAGGCGAAGUGUCCCCACUUGGCUGAAGCUGGCCUCUGAUGAUGUCAAGGAACAGAUCUUCAAGCUAGCCAAAAAGGGAUUGACCCCCUCUCAGAUUGGUGUCAUUCUAAGGGACUCCCACGGUGUGGCCCAGGUGCGCUUUGUCACCGGCAACAAGAUUUUGAGGAUCCUCAAGACCAAGGGCCUGGCCCCAGACCUCCCAGAGGACCUGUAUCACCUCAUCAAGAAGGCUGUGGCUGUCAGGAAGCAUCUGGAGAGGAACAGAAAGGACAAGGAUGCCAAGUUCCGCCUGAUUCUCACCGAGAGCAGGAUCCACAGGCUGGCCCGUUACUAUAAGACCAGGAGAGUAGUUGCUCCCAACUGGAAGUAUGAGUCGUCAACCGCUUCUGCUCUGGUGGCAUAAUCAUCACGUUUUGGAGAAAUAAAGAAUUUGGAUUCAAA